AUGCCGAUGGCGCCGCUGACUCUACCUUCGUUGACGCGGCAGGAGGCCGGGUCAUCGGGGUCGCAGCGGCUAGCUGCGGGUCUGGCCACGCCGGGUCUGCUGCCGGCGUCGGGGCUGGCUACGCAGCCGCUGCAGCCGGCGUCGCCGGUUUUGCAGCUGCAGCAGCAGCAUGGCACGGCCACGGUGGGGUUGCAGCAGCAGCCGGGUUCGGUACAGCCGACCUCGCCGAGGGUGCACGAGCAGCUGCCGGACACGCUGCUCGCGACGCAGCAGCAGCCGGGCACACCGUCGUCACUCGCGGCGUGGCAGCAGCCGGACACGCUGCUCGCGGCGCAGCAGCAGCCGGGCACGCCGUCAUCUCUCGCGGCGCAGCAGCAGCCGGACACGCUGCUCGCGGCGCAGCAGCAGCCGGCCUCGCUGCAUGAGGAGCACCACCAUCCGGCCUCGUCGGCCACAGCCACGCCUACGGAGGCAUCUCCACCGCGGUCAGGAUCGAUGCAGGGGGCUACACCGCCUCCUACCCCUGCAUCGAAUGACUCGGCGCCAGCCUCGUCGGCGACUUCUCCGCGCUCGACUUCACCUUCGCCGGUUCCCACCUUGGAGCAGCCUCGUCCCACUUUUAUCCCACCUGUUGUUCAGCCGACGGUGCGGAGGAGUGGGAGGUAUGCGCUCGCAGAGGACGGGACCGGGGUCACGGACGAGGACGUCAUGCAGAGGGCCAUGCGACGUAAGGCGGAGAUUAAUCUCGACACGGCAGGUACUAAACAUCCGUCCAAGUCUAGUGCCCUUGGGGUCUCAUUGGGUAAUACAUCCGAUGAGAUCUCGGUUUCGGUUGAUGUGUUGAGACAGACGGAACUUGAUCGUUUAACGGUUGUUCCGAAAGUUUCCACUGGGCCUGAAACGUCCGUGAUAGUAGAUGAUGAAGAGGAUGACAUCCUAGAUGGUCAGCUUCUCUCGGCUAUCAUUGGCAAUAUCUCAGAAGUAGACUUAGAACACUCGGAGCUUAGUUCAGUCUAUGAUCUAAAAGCUUCAGCACGUGGUUCUCGGUCUUCAGCUGGAAAGAAGUCUCCGGUAGGUGAGGUGAGGCAGGGCCGAUACGAGCGCUCGGCAUCGGCCCAUACGAUAUACUCCGACACGGACGGCGAUGCUACAGUACCACCACCACCACCAAUGACGCGAAGCACACUCUCUGCACGAGCUCGAGCUCUAGGGACGACGGCGGCAGCACUGAUGCUGACGCUGGUGGCCUGUGCAGCACCGAGCCGACCACCCGCCGUAGGGCUGCCCGGCUGCGUCACGUCGUGCGGGGACGUGGAGGUGCCGUACCCGUUCGGCAUAGGCCCGGCCAACUGCUCCCUGCCGGGGUUCAACCUGACCUGCGUCGACGGCAGAGGCAGAGGCCAGGGCUCCCCAAGGCUGCUCCUCGGCGUCGGCGACCUUGAAGUCAAAGGAAUCGGCCUCAAAAGCGCCCUCAUGACAGUCGUCUACAGCGGCGGCAUAGAGAUGAGCGGGUCCGACGCCCUCGAGGGCCGCGGCACCUUGUUCGGCGGCCUUCCGGACGACGGACCCUACAGGCUGGCGGGCGAUAACCAGCUCACCGUGCUGAGCUGCAACACGGCGGCGACGGUGAGGAACGGCAACGUCACCAUGAGCGGCUGCUUCACCUUCUGCCAUGAAGGCUGGAACCUUGAGCUGGCCAGCGGAUGCAACGGCAUGGGUUGCUGCCGCGCGCCCAUCGUCACCAACCCGCGCGAGGAGGCGGAGGGGAUGCUGGUCUACGGCGGCUCCUACGACGUGGAGAUCAAAUGGUUCGGUUUUGACCACACCGCUGACCUGCAGCUAGCUCCCGUGCACGUGCUGGUGGCGGCGCAGGGAUGGUUCGACCAGCACUUCGGCUCCGACGUGCUCUUCGAUAAUCCGCCCAACCUCGCAAGGAUGCCAGUUCCAGUGAUACUGGAGUGGGAGGUCGUUGGGGACGCCGCCGUACCGGACACCGACGGCGACCCAACAAGAGAAUGCGGCCGAACAGGGCGUAGACGAGGCUAUACAUGCUCCUGCAGCUAUGGUUACCAAGGCAAUCCCUACCUCCCCGACGGUUGUAAAGACACUGACGAGUGCGAGGAUCCGGCAAAAAAAGGCUGCUUCGGUCGAUGUACAAACAAAAAUGGAACAUUUGAGUGCGUCUGCCCGCCUGGUACCCAGGGCGACCCCCACAUGCCCGGUGGAUGCGUCAAUUCUUCCACGGUCACAGGUGCAUAUAUCGUUAUUGGAGUUGCUAUUGGGGCAGGACUCAUACUUUCGGCUCUCAGUGUUGUCUUCAUUUCCAACAAACUGAAACAUAGGAGAGCAAAAAUGUUGAAGUGGAAAUUCUUCGAGCAAAAUCGGGGGCGACUGUUGCAACAGUUGGUUUCACAGAGAGCUGAUAUUGCAGAAAGAAUGAUCAUACCCUUGGAAGAGCUGGAGAAAGCAACGAAUAAUUUUGAUAAAUCCCGUGAGCUCGGUGGUGGAGGGCAUGGUACAGUCUACAAAGGGAUUUUAUCAGACAAGCAUGUCGUCGCUAUCAAGAAACCGAAAAAGGUGAUACAAAAGGAGAUUGAUGAGUUCAUCAAUGAGGUUGCCAUCCUAUCACAGAUCAAUCAUAGAAAUGUGGUGAAACUCUAUGGUUGCUGCCUGGAGACAGAAGUCCCGAUGUUAGUCUACGAAUUCAUAUCCAAUGGAACCCUUUAUGACCACCUUCAUGCCCAGGGCCCAAGUUCGUUGUCAUGGGACAAUAGGUUGCGGAUUGCAACUGAGACUGCCGGAUCUCUGUCAUACCUUCACUCAACAGCUUCUGUACCAAUCAUUCACAGAGAUAUCAAAUCUGGUAACAUACUUUUGGACGAUUCUCUUACAUCAAAGAUAGCAGACUUCGGUGCUUCAAGAUAUGUUCCAAUCGAUAGGUCAGGUGUAACAACAAUGGUACAAGGUACAAGAGGGUAUUUGGACCCUAUGUACUUCUACACAGGGAGACUCACAGAGAAAAGUGAUGUUUAUAGCUUUGGAGUUAUGCUGGUAGAAUUGCUGACUAGAAAAAAGCCAUUUUCAUAUUUGUCUUCUGAAGGAGAGGGCCUUGUUGUGGAUUUUGCUACCUUGUAUGCUGAAGGAAAUUUGUCACAGAUAUUAGAUCCACAAGUUAUGGAGGAGGAAGACCAAAAUGUACAAAAAGUCGCUGCACUUGCAGUAGAAUGUAUAAAGUUAAGACGGGAGGACCGUCCAACAAUGAAACAAGUGGAGUCAACACUUGGAAGCAUUCAAUCAGACAAACAACAUGUUCCAGAUACUACCUUGGACAAUGCACAUGGCGAUGGUAUCGCAAUGAAUUAUCCAUCAGCUGCAGAUGGAAGUGAUGAAUCGGCCAGAAGAUAUAGUAUGGAAGAGGAGUUCAUGUUAUCUUCCAGGUAUCCUCGGUAG